AUGUCCAUCCGGAUCUGUAAAAAGAAGUUUGUACAAAUUGUCAAUGACCUUGAGAUCUCUACCACGGUCGAAUCGGAGUUAGUUGACAACAGCAUCGGCGUAGAUGCAGAGAACACACCUGAAGUGAAUGUUUUACACACCAAUCAUCGUACAGUCCAAAGGCGUUGGGAUGGACUGAAACAUGAUUUGGCCAAAUUGCGGGCCAAUACUGCUGUGGAUCCGGGGGAAAAGAAACAGUUCAUGCACGAGGUGGCACGGUGCUUGCCUAUCAUCGAUCUACGAUUGUCGGCCGCUCAAACAGCGCAUACUGCGGCUCUUCAUCUCGACCAUGGUAAUAAGCAUUUAGACAACCUGAAAGUAGCGAUGGAGGCUGUUCGCAUAGGGCCAGCGCAUACUGCGCAUGAUAGGCUCAAAGAGGAUCGAUUUGAGCUUUCUAAGAUCUAUCCUUUCCCUCACUUAUCGAGCGGUCAGACACUGGAUAGCAAACUGAAACAACUCACGCUGGACGUCGAAAUUUUUACGGUGGCAUCGGAUACAGCUAUCCGGCGAUACGAACAAGUUUUUCCCGCAGAAGCGGAAGCACAUAGGCAGCAGCGUAAAAAGAACAGUAUAGACAGAGCCGCCCCAGUCAGGCAACUCGUCAAGGAAUCUAAUCAAUUGAGCAAAGAUAUACUCAGUUAUACACGGCAGACUAGUUGA